UGGACACACAGAGUUUUAGCAUAGCUUCCCAUUUUGUUAUCCACACACAUCAUACAAAUCAGAAAAAUACUAAAAUCUGUCUCUUCCUCUUUGAUAACAUCUCACAAAUAGUUGAUCUUUCCCUGUUUUAUCGAAUAUAUACAGAUUAAUUCCAACUUAGUUUCUUUUUCUCUUUCCAUAACGGCCCUAAUUUGCAGUUCUAUAGUUAUAUAUUUGUUUAUCUUCCAUUCCCUUCUUGUUUUUUGUAAAGUUCUUUUGAUAUGGCAAUGACAAAGACCUUAUCUAUGAUCUCAAGAACUGGAAGAGACUUACAGAGAUACAAUGAUGGAUGUCGUCAAGUUGUUGGAUGCAUUCCGUACAGAUAUAGAAAAACCAACAAAUCAUCUACAGUUCAAGGGACUCAAAUUGAUGAUUUGGAAUUUCUAUUGAUCAGCUCACAGAAAAGCCCAAGAUGGAUGUUCCCUAAGGGUGGUUGGGAAAGUGAUGAGGCAUUAGAAGAUGCAGCUUUAAGAGAGACUUUUGAGGAAUCUGGUGUAAUUGGUGAUGUUGAGGUUCAAGAAUUUUUAGGUACUUGGAGUUUUAAGAGUAAAAGCCAAGGCACAUUUCAUGAGGGACACAUGUUUCCUUUGCUUGUCACAGACGAACUUGAUGAUUGGCCUGAGAAAACUGUCCGAAAACGUCUAUGGUUGAAAUUUAGUGAAGCAAGGGAAGUAUGUUUUCAUUCCUGGAUGAAGGAAGCAUUAGAUGUCUUUGCUUCUAAGCUCACAAAGAGAAAUAAUGACGACGAACCUCAGACAUGCCCUUUCGAUGAAUUCAAUUCUAACACAAUGUUUUAUGAAGAACCAAGAAUCAGCAUUGAAGCUAAUGAUCAUUUGACCUGUGAGGAGGAUCUAAUUAGCCUUGUAGCUAAGCCUUCUUUAGGUAAGCUACUGUUCAAUGAAGAUUCGAGAUCAAAGCCGUUGUUGUUUAGUAAUGUAGCCAACUCAAUGUUCAGUGAAGAAGCAACAAUGAAUACCAAAGCCCAGAAGAUGUUCAAUGAUGAAGUGGGAAAUAGCCAUGUAGCUCCCAUGUUUGGUGAAGGUAAAAGAAUAAGCAUUGCUGCUUCCAGCUAGCAAACAAAUGAAGGAAGAAACCUCAAGACUUCUAAGAACCGAUCGAGGGUGAGGAACCAGGGACGACGCCUAUCCAGAAGAACUCUCGAUGAGGUGGCAGCCAAGAAUCAGCAUAAUGUAAGGGAGAAAGACAGAACCUUGAAACGCUGUCAACAGAAAUUUUGAUUACUUGGCAUUAAUGCCCCCAAUCUGCAAAGAAAGGAGAAUCAUAUAUGGACCAGAGAAAAGAACCCUCCAAUCCCUGCCUGAUAGAAUUCUCAUAUUGUCACUUUAUCCAGAUAAGAAAUUUGAGUUAGCAACUAAUUUCAAACACCAGUUAUAGGUUAUGUUUGAUAGAAAGAUCUUUCAGGAUAGAGAGAUUUAGAGGUUAAUUGCAAAAGUUUCUAACUUCAUUCUUUAAUUCAUU